ACAACUUUUCACUGUCAACUAAAAAAAAAACAGUUCUUCUUAUAAUGCCAUACAAAAUGAAUAGCAAUUCAUCUUUGGAAAAUUCAUCGGAUCCUGAUUUCAAUGAAUAUUUACAUGAAUGCCUUUUACAAACAAAUUCUUCCAGCGAGCCUAUAUUACACUAUGAAGAUGGUGAAUUAGAAGCAGAGUGGCUAAAUGCAGCUGGAUUUUCACAACUUACAAAACCUUUCGAACAGGGUUUUGAAGUACGUGCAUCGGAUUUGGAACCAAUACUAGCUACUCUUUCAAGACCUCAUGCUGAGGCUAUUAAGCAAAGAGUACGCGCUCUUAAUCACACAGUCCGCGGGCGGACUAAAUCUCGUGUGAAACGAAAGCCAGAUAUUCGUGAUGUUUUUCGAGAUUUUGAUGAAUCAAGUACAGGCACUCGAUCUCGCAGCGCAACACCUGAUUCAUUAGAUUCAAUUCAAUGUGACGAAGUAUGGAAUACAACAGCAAUAAGACCAAAUUUCGUUAGUAUUUUCGACAAUAGUGGAAGCAAUCCAGCUUUACAAAAUGCCGGCAAACAUAAACAAAAACUAAGACGUACUCCGAGUGCUCCUUUGAAAGGAGCUGCCGAUCUCUUUAGAGGUUCUCAUGUGCGAUGUGAUAUCCCAUUUUAUUCAGCCGAAGGUAUUGAGUUAUUGGGAUUUUCUAGAAUCGGAACAAUUCAUAUACCAAGAGUACGUUCAGGAUCUGAUCCGUCAUGUUCAGUUGGUCGUGCUCGUGGCCAAUUAAUUCAAAACUCACAAAGCGAUCAUAAUAUCUCAAGUGAUUCAAGUGAUGAAUACGCAACUCGAUCAUCAUCCAAAUCGUCCAGCAAUGAAAGUACACCGCAAAAGAUUCUGCAUAAAAUAACUCUCGAUACACCUCCACAAAGUGCCCACAAUUCACCAUCAUCUCGAGAUGGCAUCAGUUUUGAGAGCAUGUAUCGGGAGUCUAGUCAACACGAUGAUGGCGUUGAUACCGUCGAUAGUCAUGUCUUGACUGAAGAAUACUUCUGCGAUAUCGAUGUUAUCAAUGAAAAUGACUUGAAACGCUUGCAACCAAUACUUUGGCUGGAACUUGCGACGCUUUUCGAUAAAUAUCACGUCACUUUGGAUAAGAGAAAACCUUUUAAGCGACGUCGCAAGGAAGAAGGAAACUUAUUUGGAAUUUCGCUCAAUGCACUUAUUCGUCGGGAUCAACAAAUCACAGGAAAGGACUCAACAUUGGUACCAUUGUUUUUGGAAUUUUUGCUAGAUGAGUUAACUCGGCGUGGAGUUAGAGAAGAGGGAAUUCUAAGAGUCGCUGGACACAAACAAAAGACUGAACUACUUUAUACCGAACUGGAAGCAGUUUUCUACCAAAAACCAAAAAAAGUCGCUCAGCUUUUGAGCUCCGCUAGUGUGCACGAUUUGAGUGCGUUACUCAAGCGAUGGUUGCGCGAGCUACCGCAACCUUUGUUGAGUCAUGAGCUGAUACAGCUCUUCUAUCAAACUCAUGCCCUUCCACCUCCAGAUCAAUAUAAAGCCUUGGCGGUAGUGUGUCAAAUGUUGCCACAUGAAAACCGCAACACACUGCGGAGGCUCAUCAACUUUUUGAAUACAACAAUAAAGCAACAAGAAUCGAACAAAAUGACGAUACACAAUGUAUCAACUAUCAUUGCCCCCUCAUUCUUCCCUCCUCGAUACAUUCAGCCAACUGAUAAGAAUAGUAUAGAGGAACAAGUUAAAAUGGCUGCACAGUGCUGCCGGCUAACAAGUAUUCUUAUUACCCGCGGUGAAUCGCUCUUCCAGGUGCCAAAAACUCUAAUCGCUCAGUCAAAGUCUACAAAACAAAGACAGAACAAACGAGCAUUAACGCGUCGCAUAAAAGUCGGUGGGAGUCUUUUGGAUGUGAGCAGUAAUAAUCCUAGCAGUACCAACAGUAGCAAUAAUAACAGCACCAGCCGACAAGUUGAUCCCAGUCAUGUGCAUCGUAUAGUUGUUUAAGGAACAAGGAGGCAGAAUAAUUUUAAUUUUUUUCGAAAUGGUGUCUACGUUUUUACCCUUGCUUCUCUUAAAAAAGAAAGAAAAAAACUGCAUUGCUGGAUUAACUCUCGUAUCAGGAAUAAAUUAAGUUAACUCAAGCUUUGCAAACUUUUUUUUUUCCUAUUAAUAAUAAAAUUGUAUUACCUUUAUUUAGCGCUUAAAAAAAUGUACCGAAAACAGUCUACAUACAUCGUAUUGAAUAUUUUGUAUUUUAUAAUGAAUGAAAUUUAUACUGUGUUAUUGCAGUGCAAGUUUUUGAUGCAAUACAAAUUCUAAAUUUAAUAAAAAAAACCUUAUUAUUUUUUACUUUA